GCAAACGAAGCUGCUAAACGUUCAUCACAAGUACCGACUCCUUUAAUAUCGAAUCUGCUGCCAGGUUUUGGUCCCGUGGGUAACGCACCGAAUUCCAUGGUGGUUGGUCGUGGACGUCGGGUUGGUCGCUGUGUCUCCCCUCACCAGAAUGCGGGUAUUUGGCAACCUCCGAACAACUCAAACGUAGUGAGCGAACGACAUGCCAGUCUCUCGGCCCAGCGAAACUUCUCGAGCAACCUAGCAUGCAGUCCUGAAACAAGCUCCACAGCAUCAUCCGCUCUCUCGGCCCAGCGAAACUUCUCGAGCAACCUAGCAUGCAGUCCUGAAACAAGCUCCACAGCAUCAUCCGCGUCUAUCAAUCCAAACCAAUUCCAGUUGCCGUUCUACUCGGCUCGACAACAAGUUAACCCAUUGACCAAUGUCCUGACAACCAAAUCUGGUUUCGGAGACAAGGGAAGACACCGAAGUGGGAAUUCUGUAUGUUCAGAGAACGGGCUUUCAAUGACUUCUCGGGACUCUGUGGCUUCAUCUAGCCCCAUAGCCAACCCCACUUCCGUAUACACCUUUACUUACCCGGGCUGUAGCAGUGCUUUUGGUAUCCCGAAUGCUUCCGGCUCUAUUCGUCCUGUCUGCUCAGGGAUCGGUCCAUCGUCCAAGAGUCCAAAUGUGCAACAGCUGCUGCGCACUGGACAAAGGAAGCAGUCGCAACAAUAUCCUUAUCAAGAGAAUGGACAGGUUCUUGGUUUGUCAGGCAACUCUCAUGCUAGCAUUUUCCCUGCAAGCCGCAGUCACAGUCAAGUGGUUGGUGAUGGUCUGGAAUCUACGUUCGAUCGUUCCAUGCCUAUGCCCAACAGUUCCGUUCACUUUUUACGAGGUGAUAUAUGGAGCCACCAGGCCACGACUACGACUUUGUCCACAUCGGACUCGCAUUCCACCGGGCAAUUCCUUGCAUCACCCUGGCCGUGGCAGGCAGCUAUGGACUCGGGGAACAACAGUGAAACCAGUGGGAAUGAUGCUGAUAUUUCAGCCCUUCUUGAUCUACCUGGCAGUGUUGUCAGGACUUCUGGGUCAGCUGCGAUGGCUUCCAGUUCGCUUUUGGAUACGAGCAAUAGAGACAGUGGCCUUGUAUUGGACUUCUCCCUCCCACACUCGGGCAGCAACGUUUCUGAACCAGCCGAGUGUAGCCAUAACUUUUCGGGUAGCGUGCUUGCAGAUGAACAGAUCAAUGUUUUGGGGGAAUCAGAGCGACACACUUUGCACACAGGGAGUGAGCAGUCAGAUUAUCAACAAGUGGCGUACAAAAGUCUUGCAGAUACAUCUGGGAAGACCUCGGAACCUCCCCGAGUUCCCUCUGGCUUAUUCGAUGAUUUACACGCACUCUAUCAGUGCUUCAUGCCACCGUCAAAUGAUCCGGCGCUCAAACACGAUGACAAAAGUAAUUCAGAUGCCGGAUUUCAGUCACCACUAGAUGAUAUUUUACUCCACGCUCAGUCAGGCUUCGAAAAUGUUGACUAUUCGCCUGGGUCGAAUGUUCCGCUCAACAGAUGUUCGUCAUCACCCAUGGACACGGCGGAAUCGGAUCCAGUGUCUAUCCCUAGGCGCUAUGUGUUUGAACAGCCAGAUUCAUCCGUACACCAACAUGACACCAGUGGUACCAUUGCGGCUUUCCGCCCAACACAACCAUCGUAUUCAGUGACACAAUCAAAUAGAAUAAGCCCCAAAAGCACAUGGCCGGUGAGUUUCACCGAACCUCAUGGGACCACUCGUUCAGCGUCCAAUCUUUCAUCUCCGGCGACCUCUCAGAUAUCUCAGAGUUUCUCUCCUGUGGUUGGCACUCCGGUACUUCGCAGUCAUCAGAAACCAAUGUUUGAUCUAGGGUGCUGCGCUAAGAGUGCUUUGGCAAACAUUGCACGUGAUGCCGUAAGUCAGGUUUCUGUUGUCCCACACUCGCAUGGUGAACAACCGGAGUCACACGGAGACAGCAAACCUGAGACCUCCAGUACACCCCCAUUAAGUCCGGAGGCUUGUGCGGGCACAGCUGAUGCAUCUGCUACAACACACGCCACUUCAAACGUCAACUUUCUUCAUUUACCACAGUCACCCAUCCUCAUGUCGUCACCGUUCAGCAAUCCUCGGUCUGAGCUCGAACGCUUGUCGCUGCAGCGCGAACUGGAUGAAGUAAGACAGCGUCUGGGGUCGAAAGAACACGAGGUCGAGGCUUUGAAGCGGCAGCGCGACUUUAUGACCGAACACUUACGGGAUUCCCUUGGAGUCAUACGACAACUUUUUAGUACACUGAAUGUGUCUUCCAGUGACAUCUCUAGACCUCUUUUUGUUGACACGGAGACUGCCGGCACAGGCAGUGGACAGAGUACGGGAUAUAGUACCACCGGAUUUACAAAUUCAGAAAGUUCACCUUUGGCAGAGAUAGGAGAACUGGACUCAAGCGUAGCAAGCGAGGACAGUAAUGUUCAAAUCACCACGGCAGUCCAAACGCCGAGCACAGUUUUGAAUGUGAGUGAGAAAACCCAACUACAACAACAACAAGAGGCUCUGGCUGCUCUGUUUGCAAAUCCUUUCGUGAGUGCUCUGAUCAAUUCUGGCACUUUACCCGCCACAUCACACCCUCAGCACAUGCCGUCACAGCUUUGGAGUUCUCAAUGUUCCUUAUCAACCACGGGAACAAAAUCGGACGUGUCGUGCUGCUUGGUGCCUACGCCUGAGAGGAAUCAAGGAAAGCCGGGAUCAUCGAAUUCAGACACGUUUUGUUCGUCCAAACCAUCACAUCCGGACCAACCGGUUUGCAGUGACAGUGCUUUUGCUCACCUCGCCGAAGAUACCGUGCAUCCUCAGUCACGUGGCUGAUCGGUGGGAAGUUGUACGAUUGUUCAUGUCACUUCGACAUUCAAUCUCGGCUUGCAAUGUGGAUUCGAACUGAACAUCAUCUACCAUUGUCAUUUUCGUUCCGUUCCGUUUAGCCUAAUGCGCCACGAAGGCACUUGAUGCCGGCAUCGUCAUACGUGUUUUCGUCAUUUUUAUCGCGCGCCUCGUCAACCCAUGUGCACCCAAACAACACUACAUACCAGCUCAGUCCGGUCUUGUAUGUUAUCUAUCUAUCUAUCACCUUGCCUAGGCUUAUUGCUUCCUAUGUUUUGCGCCUAUGUUCUACACCUUUUCUAUGCAUAGCAAUUAUUACGGCUAUUCCGACGACCUUGUUACGGCUUUUCAACUGGCCUUUUUUUCUUUUGAUGUAUGUAGUCCGAAGCUAUUACUAGACACAUUCAAACACAGAUGGACCCAAACGCGUGGCGUAGUCGGAUGGUCACCCUCCCGUUUGUGUCCAGGACUGGGUGAAGUUCCUUUCUAGUUCUUACCUGCCAUAGUAAUUUAUCCGAACUGACCCGCCAAAGUAGCCCCUGAUUUCGUUUUUCAAAUUCGUCACGAUUAGUUAGGUUGUGUUGCUCUGCAAAAGGAGCUAGGUGAGACCAAUUUUGCCGGGUUUCUUUUUCAAUAUCCCCACCCUCAUUCACAGUCCCUCGUUGUUUUACCCACGCCCCUGCGGCAUUUUUCUCCGAUUUCCUGUGUCGACCAGUUUGCUACCACCUCUUCAUGCCUUCUCUAUGAAGGUUUCAUAUUCAUUUUCUCGGCUGUUUGGACCGUCUUCAGUCUUUCAUCGGAAUCAUAUGACAUCUCAUGGACGUCAGACACACACCUUGAUUGCACUUAUACUCAGGUCAUCAAAUUUCACACCGUUUGUUCGUAUCUGUACACCUAUCAUCCCAUUGCUUUUCCAUGUUGUACUCCAAUAUCCCUUGAUUUAAAUCAGUUUAUCACUGUUUUUAGUGGAUAACCGUGAGCCAUCUGAUGAUUCAAAUUUCCAGCGUCAUUUUCCAUUUGUUCAGACUUUUUCUACGGAGAUCGGCUUAUUUUGUUCAUCCUACCUCUUCUGUAUCUCAUUUUAUACUACCGAGCUUUGGCUUCGUCAGAUUCGCCUUUUCUCUUUUUGCCCACUCCAUACCAUGAUGCAAUAUGAUGCGCACUCCUCCAUGCACUCACGCAUCCCCUCGACUGUUGACCAUGUGCGCAACAAUUUAUUGUUGUUGGUGCCGUUGCUCCGACAAGAUUCUCCCGAUGUAGGUGGAGGCGGUGCAGUUGGGCUCUAGAUAUUAUGCGCCUGGUGUAUUCGAUCUUUAUCCUGUGCUGUUGGUCUUAGCCAAUCAUUCAUUCCAUACCCUCUUGACUCUGCUUCAGUGAUACAAGUAGACACACAGGGCUUAUCGUUGUGAGCUCCCCCCUAUGCGGUCGCACCACACGAUUGGCUGUUGGUCUUAGCCAAUCAUUCAUUCCAUACCCUCUUGACUCUGCUUCAGUGAUACAAGUAGACACACAGGGCUUAUCGUUGUGAGCUCCUCCCUACGCGGUCGCACACACACACACACACGAUUGGCGGACCUUGGUCACCUUUACUGGUUUUACUAUGUUCUGCUUUGAUGGGUUCUCAUUCAUUCAUUUCCUCCUUACUGUCAUUAUCGUCAUCUUCAUCAGUAUCACGAUUCCCAUGCUAUGCCAAUCGCACUUCCUUCUGUAAUACGCGUACUCUCGUCUGUGGCGAGCGUUUUCUGUCUGCCGGAGUUUUCGGUCGUGUACUAUGUGCGUGUGCGUUGUGUUUGGUUUUGCGGUUCGUUGUUUUUCAGUGAUCACACCUGUGUUUGUUCGUUCAUCCAUGAUGAUGAUAUUCAUCUUUUUCAACCAACUGCUCCUAUUCUGUUUUUUCUAUUCAUUUCCUUUCAUCUGCAUCACACGCGCGUUGUUUGUUAUAGCUCCAUACCUCUUUGAAAUUUCAGAUGUGAAGUCUAAUUUAGAUGGUACUUAUUUUCAAAUAGGAUUUUUCAUAAAAUACAUUGUCAUUAGACAUCUU